AUGAUGCGAGCAAGCGGCCGGCCACCGGCGUCGGCGCAGAAGGCGCCCCAGCCAUCGGCGGCCUCUCCUCAGCCGCACGACUUCGUGCAAAGGAGAAAGCGCAACUGCGUCCUUAUGAACAACGGUGUCUGGAUACCCAUGCUCGGUCUGGCCACUUGUCAGGGUGAGCCCUCGGUGAUCGAGAAGGCGGUGGAGACAGCUAUCACCGCGGGCUACCGGCACAUCGACACUGCUUACAAUACUCGCAACGAAGCGGCCAUUGGCAACGCCCUGCGCAAGCUUAUCGCUUCCGGAAGGGUGAAACGUGAAGAGCUCUUCAUCGUCACCAAGCUUCCCCGCGGAGGCAACCGACGCGAGAAGGUCAAGAAGUGUCUGCUGGCGUCGCUGAAGAAGCUCCAGGUGAACUUCGUGGACCUGUACCUGAUCCACUUCCCGGUGUACCAGGGGGCGCUCAAGACGCGACCCCAUCCGAGGCCGACCAAACACCGCGGGGGAGAGCAGCACCACAGGCAUUCGCUGUCCGAAGAGUUGGACAGCGGUCCGACGCAGGAGCACAAGCAGGCGUACCAGACGGACAUCCUGGACACCUGGAAGGGCAUGGAAGACGCAGCCAACCAGGGUCUGACACGGUCCAUCGGACUCUGCAACUUCAACCGGGAGCAGAUCAGUAGAAUCCUGGCCGUCGCUGCCAUCAAACCGGCCAAUCUUCAGGUCGAGUGCCACGCGUACCUGAACCAGAAGGACUUGCAGCAGUUCUGUUCGACUCACAGCAUCUCGUUCACGGCCUACGCUCCGCUAGGAAGCCCCGCGGCACACCACGCCUCUCCCACCACCUCAUCGCCCUCAGGCUCGAGGAAGCACGAGAGCUCGAAACUUCUCCAGGACUCGGUACUCAAGGCUAUCGCCGAACGCCACGGCAAAUCUCCGGCGCAAGUCCUCAUCCGCUGGCUGCUGCAGCGCGGCGUCGUGGUGCUUCCGAGGAGCACCAACGCGGCCCACAUCCACGAGAACUUCCAGGUGUUCGACUUCGAGUUGACCGAGGCCGACAUGAGGCUGGUGUCAGGUCUGAACAAGAACAUCAGGCUCUUCACCUUUGAUAAGCCAGGGUUUGUUUCAUCCUGCAACGUUUGA